AUGUCGGCCCCCGCACAGGCCAAGAUUAAAUUCGAGGAACUCCACAGGGCGGCUGUUCGAAGGAAAACCGGUCGUGGAGCUGCUACUGCUGCUGCUGCUGAAUCCGACGACUUUGCAUUUCUUGCCGCUUCAGCAGAAGCUUCUUGGCGUAAAGCCGAGCAGUACUUCAAUAAGGUGGACGAAACACCGGCAUAUUAUACCGCCAUUUCGCUGAAUCCGACGCUCAAAUGCCAGUGGUACAACGAGACUUGGGCAGACGAACAAAAACGGGCAUGGAUUCCAGAUGUUACGAAGCUUGUUAGAGAGCUCUGGCUAGACGAGAAGGAGAAGGCUUUUGCGGCUGUCAAGAGCCAUAAACGGCUGAAGCUUCGUCACGAGGUCGUGUCAACCGACUUGCCUGCCAUCGACCUUCUCGAUCAGUUCCUUGAGACAGAUGUUAUCCGGCUUGGUGAGGACGAAACCUUUGACGUUAUCAAGUAUUGGAACGAUCGCUACCAUACGCAGCCCGAUCUAGCACGCAUGGCACUAGACGUUCUAGCUGUUCCACCAAUGUCGGAUGAAUGUGAGCGGCUAUUCAGCAGCGCCAAGAUACUGCUUUCCGAGUUCCGACCGGCGAUCGAGACUUAA